AACAGAAACUGCUCAUCGCAAAUCUUCUAAACUAACAAUAUAAGUUGGGCUUUGGUUUGCUGAAACGAGUACGUGCUGCUGGUGCCUCUGAGCCUCCCUUGGAUUACCUCAGACCGCUGUAAAACUACAAGGAGCAAGAUGUCUUGUGAGUCGCAGAGGGCAGAUGAUAGCCCCAGUACCAGUAGUGGCAGUUCAGAUGGUGAUCAGCGCGAAGGUUCUCAGCCAGAGCAAGAGAGAGAACAACCACAACCCAAGAAAAAAGAUGCCAAAAUUUCCAGCAAAACUGCAGCUAAACUUUCAACUAGCGCUAAAAGGAUUCAGAAAGAACUUGCAGAGAUCACGUUGGAUCCUCCUCCCAACUGCAGUGCUGGGCCCAAAGGAGACAACAUUUAUGAAUGGAGGUCAACUAUCCUGGGGCCUCCCGGUUCAGUGUACGAGGGUGGUGUCUUCUUCUUAGAUAUUACAUUUUCGCCUGACUAUCCUUUCAAGCCACCCAAGGUGACUUUCCGAACAAGGAUCUAUCAUUGCAAUAUCAACAGUCAAGGUGUGAUCUGUCUGGAUAUCUUGAAGGAUAACUGGAGCCCAGCUCUGACCAUCUCAAAGGUUCUUCUGUCAAUUUGUUCUCUUCUCACAGACUGCAACCCUGCUGAUCCUUUGGUUGGAAGCAUAGCCACUCAGUAUCUGACCAACAGAGCAGAACAUGACCGAAUAGCCAGACAGUGGACCAAGAGAUAUGCCACAUAAGAAUUCACUGCAGUAAACCCUGACCCUGGGAAAGCACAUUCACUAAGUGCAACGACAGCCCGUCCCUUAUUCCUAGCUUUAUUUCCUUUUUUUUAAAAACAACUUUAUGUAAAAAUGUCCUUUUGUUCCCUGAUGACUUGAAAUAAUUUGAGACUGUUGUUUUUACAAUGAGUAGUUUUGGAUCUCUACAAUGCAAAGAAUGUUGGAGUUGCGCUAGUAGAGAGCUUUAUUGUUACAUAGCUUUGUAUAAGUGUGUUUCCUUUCACGUGGUCCUUGAACCAUAAUAGAUUAUAUCUAAUUUCUUCGUAUAGGUAGUGCUUAGAACCAAGUUUUUGUACUAAAGUUAAUCAUGUCAGGUGCAUGCUACCAGGUUAAAGCUUUGUAAUAAGCUUAAAUUAACAAUCACUGUGCAUUAUAAUGAUGACUGUCCUUAUCAAUAGCCUGGAAAAAAAAUUCAAAAAGGCUGUUGAUCAACACAAAAGAUUUGUGUAUUUUGCAAGAUAUCUACUUUUAAUUUUAAUUUAAAAAAUU